GCGGCUGCAGGGCAACUUCCUCUAGAGGGAGCUGAUUGGAGCCGGGAGCUGCCGGCUCCUCCACGCUCGCUCCCGGAGCCUGUUGGUGCCGAGGCGGGGACCCGCGGAGACAGCAUCGGACACCAGGAAUUCACUGACAGCCGCUCCGCGAAGCCGGGCCUGGGCAGCGAACCGUGGAGCAGCCCCUCGGGACCUCCAGCCUCGGCCCCACGGAGCCAUCCCUGGCCUAGGCCGGGGUCUGGGCUAACACUGCUCUCCCCUGGGACCUGAAAAAUGGCAUCUGGGCAAGGACCAGGCCCUCCCAGGCAGGACUGUGAAGGGCCUGCCCCGGCCUCCACUUCGGGAGGAGAAAUGAGGAAGUAGAUGGCUUAUCACACGGGGAAAACGAUGGCACCUUUGGGAGGAAGUAAGAUGGCUGCCCUUCCCUCUUCCCCGGGGACCUCGGGAAGCCUGCAGCUGUUCCCUGGACUUUGGGCUCAGCCCCAGCAGGAGCAGGAAGCUGAGGCGGCUGCCCCCCCUGACCCAGAGAUGGUCACCUUGUCCCCAGAGCCUGACAGCACCUUGGGGCAGGUGGGCCGGCAGCUCGCCAUCAUCGGGGACGACAUCAACCAGCGCUUCGACUUGGAGUUCCACACCAUGUUGCAGCACCUGCAGCCGACCCCAGAGAACGCCUACCAGUACUUCACCAAGAUUGCCUCCAGCCUGUUUGAGAGCGGCAUCAACUGGGGCCGGGUGGUGGCUCUCCUGGGCUUCGGCUACCGCCUGGCCCUCCACGUCUACCAGCGAGGCCUGACCGGCUUCCUGGGCCAGGUGACCCGCUUCGUGGCCGACUUCAUUCUGCAUCACUGCAUCGCCCGGUGGAUCGCGCAGCGGGGCGGCUGGGUGGCAGCCCUGGACCUGGGCAACGGCCCCAUCCGGAAUGUGCUGAUAGUUCUGGCUGUGGUUCUGUUGGGCCAGUUUGUGGUACGAAGAUUCUUCCAGUCAUGACCCCAGGAGGGGUCCUUUGGGGUCCCAGCUGAGACUCCCCGCCUGGACUUCGGCCAAGCCUUCUUCCCUUACCCGUCCCCUGCAGGGGUCCCCCCUCAAGGGUACAGAAGCUUUAGCAAGUGGCACUUCAGCUUUGAAGGGCCCCUGCUCGGGGUCGGUCAGGCCUCGGGGCACCCCAACAUUGCAUGGUGCUAAUGGACCCCCUCUCUGGGCUCAGCUCUCUCUGCCGGGCUUUGGGGAGGUUAAUAACUUGGGGAAGCAAGAAGCUGGGAGGCACUUUUCCCCAAGAAGUUUUUAAUGGUUUUAGCUUUUUAUAACGCCCUUAGGACACCUCCACCUCUUGUCCCCACCACUCUGCCACAGGCCAGGACAUGGGAUAUGGGGGUUAGUAGGCCUAUCCUGUACCCCGGAUUCAGCUGUUCUGGAAGGUCAGAGCUUGAGAGCUGACCUGGAGCCCAGUCCUAGCCCUUCCAAAGCUUCAUGUCCCCAAUAGGGCUGGCCGGGGUUGGGAGACAAGGACCUACUUAACCCCCCCCACCCCACCUAUAUGGCCUUGGCCGGCAGACUCUCAGGGAUUAGGGCCCGGGGUGUGGGGUGAGGAGGCACACCAAGCUGUCUGGCUUUAUCCACCAGGCCCCUCCCAACCUGCCUCCUGAGGUCCUCAGCCCUUUCCCUUCCCCUCGCCACUUGCUCUGAGGCGUCACUACUUGAGAAGGCUGCCUGCCCCCAUCACUCCAUGCCAGGGGGGCAGGGGCCUCCUUGCACAGACGCUAGGGUUUAGGACUGUGGUUUGUGAUGGUCAGGGAAAGGGGUAGGGAGCUCAUCUUGAGGUUUCUGAGAGAAGGGCUAUUAACAUCACCAGAAACCCCAAGGGUGGGAUCCGCUCUCAUGGCCUGGGCGCAGUGUAAUCUGGGAGAACUGAAUACUUGAACUUUACCCCAAGCCCACCAUCUGCCUAAGCCCCUC